CGAAAUUUCGAUUUCGAUUUUCGAUGUUUCGUUUCGGAAAUCGGCUUAUAAAUUUAUUUAAAUAAAUUCAGAAUUUCGGAAUCUGGCUGUCGUGUUGUGAUUGUAAUUAAUUAGAUUUCGGUUCUAAUUAUUGUUGCGAUGUUCAGAUUCAGGAGAAAAUUAAAGGCAUGAGAUUUCGUUCGCUGUAAAUUUAUGAUUAAAUGUAAACGUAAAUUGUUUACAAGUAAAAUAUUGCUUGACUUAGACUUGUAAUAUUACUAUAUAAUGAUGGAAUGAAAAGAGUUUUUAAUCAAAUAAAAAAUCUGUGAUAUUAUUAAAAUGAACUCCGCAAAGGAAGUCCUAAUCAAAAUAGACGAUGCAGGUACUACAAAUGGGCAAAGAAAGUCUGAAGUGAAUAUCUUAUGUCUGGAUAUAACAUCUCUCAGUCCUCUACUGCAAUUUGUGAUAUGUUCUAUAUUUGUUUUUGUAUGCUACUUAGCAUAUGGAUACUUCUUGGAAUUAAUAUUCUCGGUACCAGAGGUUAAACCAGUGAGCUUGUAUAUAACUUUAGUACAAUUUAUUAUAACAAUGAGUCUAAGUUAUGUAGAAUCACUAAUAAGGAAUCCAAUCAAAAGAAAAGUACCAUUACGAACAUACGCAAUCUUAGCUGCGCUAACACUAGGUACCAUGGCAUUCUCAAAUCUAGCACUAAGUUACCUAAAUUACCCAACUCAGUUGAUAUUCAAGAGUUGCAAACUCAUUCCCGUGAUGAUUGGCAGUAUUAUUAUUUUGAACAAACGAUAUGGACUAUUGGACUAUGUUGCUGCUGUUAUAAUGUGUAUAGGACUGACUAUGUUUACUUUGGCCGACUCAAACACAUCCCCCAACUUUGACAUAAUAGGGGUGAUAGUGAUCUCCCUUGCGUUACUCUGCGACGCUAUCAUUGGUAAUGUGCAGGAGAAAGCCAUGAAACAGUUCCAAGCAACCAACAACGAAGUUGUGUUCUAUUCAUAUGCUAUAGCAUGUGUUUAUUUACUUGUCAUAACUGGGUUCAGUGGAGUGUUGACUGAUGGAUUCACUUACUGUGCGAAGACCCCAUCAACAAUGUACGCCAACAUCCUCCUGCUAAGCGUGAGCGGCUACAUGGGGCUGCAAGCGGUGCUGACUCUGGUGCGACUGUGCGGCGCGACCGUCGCAGUCACCGUCACCACCAUGAGGAAGGCGCUCUCCAUUGUCAUCUCGUUCCUGCUUUUCAGCAAGCCGUUCGUCUUCCAAUAUGCCUGGUCAGGUAUGUUGGUAGCAUUGGCUAUAUACUUGAACCAUUAUAGUAAGAAGAACCCGCAAUAUGUUCCAGGGGUUAUUUUGUCGUGUUGGCACUACAUGCAAUCGUACUACCAAUCAGAGUACAGGUAUCUUAGGAUUAAGAGCAAAAUGUAUGCGGAUACAGUUUAGAUAGUCACAAAUAUUAUAAUUAUUCUAUGUCAUAUCAUUAUUUUAUAUUUUGUUAUAUAUUAUAUAUCUUUAGAAUUAAUAUUGUAAAAAAUAUAUGUAAGAGUUCUUUCAUACUAGGGCGUAUAUGCCCAUAUACGCACUCAUUCGCACGUGAGUUUUUUUAACGGACGUUAAAAAUAUACGCCGUUUAUAUACAACAAAUACAUUCCCAAGUAGAUAGUCAUAGUCAUAUUUUAUUCAUAAUUAUACAUAUUACUCGUCACAAAAUCAUUAUUAUUAUACUUAAUUAUAAAUUGUUUAUAUCAAUAAAUUAUAAAAAUAUUUUUAAAAUCAUUAUACAUUACAGUACUUACUAACAAUGUAUAACAAAAUAAAUGUCACAAAAGUUCAUUUUCUAGAAAUUCGUUGUAGCUAUAUAUAUUCACACGACAACGUUUUUUUACUGAGCAGUUUUGCGUUUUCAAUUUUGGGCGUUGCAAAUAUACCAUGAAUUAAAUUUAGAACGUCGAUAAAAGCCCUGGGUUUUAACGUAUCGCUAUUUUAACUUUUUAACAGACGUUGAGAAACCCUUCAAAUAUAGUAUCAAGUUAAAUGGAGGUCUAUUUCCAACGCCCAAAAUUGAAUAUGCAACAUUGCUCGAAAAAAGCGUCAUGUUUUCAAAACGCUGUCGUGUGAACAUAUACUUGGGAAAGCAUUUGUUGUAUUUGAACACUUUUUUAACGUCCGUUAAAAAAACUCUCGUGCGAAUGAGGGUUUGUCUCUAGAAUUGAAAAAAUAAAUACUUUUAAACUUUGUUUUAAAAUAUUUUAAAAUGUUAGUUGUGACUUGUAUUUAUUUAAUUCUCCAGAGUUUUUUUUAAUUUAUAUUUAUUAUUUUUAAAGACUUUUAAAAGAAGUAUAUUUGAGUCCCGACGGCUAAUACUGAGACAGACCAGGUAGAGAACCCAUGUAAAUGCUAGUAUGAAGAGGCCUUAACAGUAAAUUAUUUGCAGUUUCAAUUAUUUAAUUUAAUUGCAAACUAUUUGUCUCAAUUGUUUGUCACAAAAUAUUUUAUAUUUGUUUAUAAAUUGUUUUCUGUUACUGAAAUUAUUUAUUAGGAGACAUGGCAUAUAAGUCGUGAGUAGCAUAAAUUAUUAUGAUAUUAUUUAUUAGAUUAAGACAGAAAAGGCUCAAAGUGAUUGGUGUAGAAUUAGAACUUGAGUUACCAUAAUAGAAACUACUUACUUUGUUGGCCUAAACAGCCUGCUUGGUCAAGAAAGCCUUUGUGGCUUCGAUUUUUUGUGGUUUUUUACAGUCUAUGGUUACAUUCAUGAAGUCUUUUUUUUGUCUGUCUAUGUCUAUGUAUUACUUAUAGUGAGAAUGUUUGAUUCUGUAACUGUAUUAGAUGUUAAUUGUAUCGACUGGGAUAGACGGCUUCUAUAUCCCGGGCCUUUAGCCAUUUGGCACGUCGAUUCUCUUUCUACAAACGCUAACGCUUCGAAAAUUCAAAAAUAUACGGGAAUGACAUUCACUAUGGAUAGGUCACGUGAUCAAGUUUUGUUUCACAUCACGUAUGAUCACAUUUUGUUAGUUUUCGAAGCGUUAGCGUUUGUAGAAAGAGAAACGAAGUACCAUAUGCCUAAAGGCCCGGGAUAUAGAAGCCGUCUAUCCCAGUCGAUAUAAUUAACAUUUAGUACAGUUACAAAAUCAAACAUCAUUAUAAUACAUGCCCGCCAAUCGGAAUGGGGAUGAUGACUAGGUUGGAAUAUAUUGAUUUUUAUAAUAAAUUCGGAUAAAUAAGUUCAAUGUUAACUAAUUUAUACUUAAAAAGCAAAGCUUGACUGGAUAUUUGCAAAAUAAAUAAGAUUAUAAAAUUUCAAAAACUAAUAAAAAUCAUUUAUCGUAGUUAAUUAGAUAAAAAAUUAUACAGUUUUAGCUUCCUUACAUUAAAUGUGACAUUUUUCAAUAAAUGAACUAUUAACAUAAACGCACAAAUAACAAAGAUAUUAGUAAUUUUGUUUGAGCGCCCAUACAAAUCUAACGAUCAGCGAGCCAACGACGUCACUAACUCGUGCCACUUUGUAUGAAGCGUUUUUCAGGGAUCCGCGGCAGCGUCGCAAAACUGACCCUUUAAAUCCCUGUAGCUCCGAAAGUAAUGAUCGCAGAUACCCUGUUACUUUGACAAAAUUGCUUUACUAUUAUCAUACUCUUAAUUUAUAUACAAUUUAAAAAACUGUCAUCAUCCCUAUUGGAGCAGCGAGGCGGAUAUGGAGCUACACCAGCUCCAUAUCCUCCUACAAGGAGGCACGACCAAGCAGGCUAAUUCACUUAAGGGGACUACUCAUCCCCAGCCUAGGCCUACCCUAAACACCCAGCAAUUUACUUAUAUCUAAGAAAAACUUGAUUAGGUACUUUAAAAAUAAAAGUUUGCUACAGCGUUUUACGACAUUUUUAAUUCGUCUUUAAUUUGUCCACAACGUGGAUAUGCUAAGAACGUUGACCAUACAGUCUGAGUUUUACGAUAUUUUUUCAUGACUUAUGAUUGGUUUGUUUGAUCAUUUUCUUGUUUAUUAAGCUUGUUGCUAACAUAAAAAAAUAAUAUAAAUAAAAUAAUACAGCUUUA